UAAUUCCGGUCAAGUUCCUUUGAUAUAUAGGCUUUAUAAUUAAACCUACAUGUAAAAUUAAUGACGGGAUCAUUUCGCAAUGUUCAGUUUCUAAUAUUUUCUUAUAAAAUUCCCUUUUACCGUUUAUUUUUAACAGAAAAGUCAACAUGAGGAUUGGAAUCAUUUCUUUGCUAUUUGUAAUUAUUCUGGUGUUAGUGAGCGAAUCCGCGGGAAGGCCGAAGAGAAAUAAGAAAAAUCGUGAUCUUGGAAGAGGUUCUGCAACAAUUAGAGAAAACAGGAAUGGAAAUCGCCGAGGCUUCAGACAUUUGUCGGGUCAUCGACGAAAUCGUAAAGCUAAAGCUAGGAAAUCGAAUAGCAGAGGACGCCCAAACAGAAAACUAAACAGGAGAGGCAGAAAAAAGACAUCCUCAGGGGGCAUCACCACCAUAGCACCAGAAAAUUCGACAUUUAAACAACGAAUUCAAAGUGAUCCUCCUAACGCCAUAUGCUCAUUUUGUCGACAAAACAUGCUUGAAGAAGCAAGAAAUCAAUGUGUGAAAGCAUUUUGUAGCUUUACUCGAGACAACACAGCCGGAAACAUAACAAGAACCGAUUCUAUAUAACUUGGAAGAGGGAACACCACAUAAUGCACUAUAGCACAACGGAAACAUGUAACGACUAAAAUGCCAAAUUUUACCAAAUAAAUACGUUGCCAUAUAAAGAGGCGUGUUCCCAGUUACUAAAACAAUGGUGUCAAAGAUAAAAACUGGCCACCAUUCAUACAAAGGGACACAAUUUUCAGAACAGCUUUAUUACAAUAAAUUAAAUA